AUGCUGAUAUUGUGGGAUGGUUCAGAAUCGGUGCCGGCGGUGUACGUGCCUUCGAGGACGGGGAAGUCCCUGUUACUACACGAGGGUUACACAUAUUAUCUGAAGAACCUUCAGGCUCAUGGUAGGAAGCAGUGGUACUGUUCCUCGAGGGAUAUGGCAGGUUGUCGUGCUGACGUCAUAACCGCCCCAGCAAGAUGUGGCGAUGGGGACGUACUGUUCCUGAUUAGAGGAAGACAUAUACACGCACCUCCCAGCUACUAUUUCACACCAGAUGGCAAGUAUGUGAGACGUAAAGACGCUUAUCAUAGAUAUAGG